GAGGCUUUCUGGCCCGGUUUGUCGUCGCAAGCGUGGCCCUUACGGAAAUUUUUCCUCGUUGCAACGUCCUUGCACUUUACCCGAACUUUUGCAAUCCUUUCAUCGUAAAAGUUUGCGAAGAACUAUAAAAUGUCGAAAAAGAAGCAGGUAUGUGAUUUAUUCCAGUGGAAGGUACUUUUAUGCGUCCGAGGGAGUAAAAUAUGUGUUACCUUAGCGCUAAAAAUGCCGCCCUUGUCUAGUGCUGGUCGUCCAAACAUCGACGAAUUUUUCCACAAUAUGGUGUAUUAAACGGGUUAAAUUUUCUCUAAAAAGCUUCGGCUAUAAAUAUCAGCAGUUCAAAGUUUGAAAAUAUUUCUGAAACUGUGUGGUAAAUGAUAUGAUAUUGAACAAUUCAUUCGUUUUAUGUUUAAAUAUCUGAACUAUUCAACGAAUUUGCAAUCGAUGCCGAUGGGCCAACACUGAAAUCGCACGAUUGAAAUUCAAUAAUGUACAUGGGGGUAUAAUUCCUAUUGGAUAUUAUAUUUGGAUACACAUGUAUAGCAGUAUGGCACAGUAUUCUACAGUUCCAAUGCCAUAUAUUAAAUUGAAAGGCAGUUUGGGGAUGCCAUGACAUAUGAAGAAUGCUUGAGUGGUUGUGCAGAUUUGUACACAGUCACUGUUCACAUAAUAUAUGUCAUUGACUCGUUGCAUGUUAGUUUUUCAUCAGCAGCUUUCUGCAAUCUAAGUUGCUACAGGCGGUAUUAAAGCCAUGACCAUUAUGGAAUCCAGGGUGCAUUCCAUGUAAGCUCUAUGCCGGAGAUGUGCCAAUAUUUGCCCUUGAUCUCACUUUUGGGGACUAAAACCCAUCUCAAAAUAGACAAUCCUGUGUGCCUUUAACCAGGGUGCAUUUUAAGUGGCCUAUGCCGAAGAUCUUCGGCGUGAGUUUGGCAAAUUACAAUAGUAUCUAUAGUUAAUAUUGGCGUAUCUUCGGCGUAGACUUUACAUGGAAUGCACCCUGGGCCUUUAAGACUGUAAAGUAUUAAUUUCACUUGAAUAUCCAAACAACUUUGAGUAAGCUCACACCAAUAUGCCAAUAAAUUUUGUAACCUCCCACCGGAGAUCUCCAGCGACCAGCAUGGAGUGCAUGUGGCAUGCACCCCUGUUUUGAAUUUUCAUUGAUUUCCGGUACAAUAUUAGAAUAAAAAGUGGUGUGUUGGUAUUUGAGGUUUGAAAAAGCAUCAAAGGCAGGGAAAGAAAUAGUACUUUGAGAAAAAAUCGGUCAAAUUUGGUUUGUGAUGCUCUUUUUGCAUUAUUUUAUUUUAUUUUAUUUUACAAUUUUGAACAUAUCCAUUGCAAUAAAUCUAUAUAGAGAACUACAUAUGGUUACAAAUGACUGGAAUUUCCACACAAAGAUAGUUCUCCAAUAACUGGGUUCCAAAAAAGAACAACUUAUGGUAUAUCUAAUUAUUUUAAAAUUAAAGCAAACAUAACAAUUAAACACAAAUACAAACAGACAAAGCAAACGUAUUGACGAACAAAACGAACAAAAAGUAAAUUUAGCAACAUGUUCAUUUUUCAUUAUAAUUGUUGGAAAUGGCAAUAAUGGCCAUCGAGGUGGCUGCUUGAGAAGGCAUGCGGGUGGUUGAUCAGAAACUACUAGCUAUGCAACAAAUAGUGACCUCGUCAACUAUGCGGACAUGUAAUUUCCAACCAGCACAAUGAAGUCUGAUCCGUACACUGAAUAUGCAAACCAAGCAUGACUAACACCACAGUCAAACGUCUGCAUCGUGACUGCUAGCACUCGAAAGACUGGAAAUAGUAUUGGGUCAUUCCAGAAAAGAUCCAUACUCCCCCCACAGAGGAAGUUUCUGCCGUCCGGAGGGGAAAGGGAGAAAAAGUUGUUUCUGAUAAUAGUAAGACAUCUGAAGGGGGUAGGGGGGUUAACUUCCUAUUUCCUCUGUGGGGGUGGUAUGGAUGUUUUCUGGAAUGACCCAUUGUCUUUACAAAGUUCUACAAAUAAGUUCAAAGAAAAUGUCCAGAGUUUAAUUAAACUCAGGAUAACUUUGUUUUGACACAAGGAAAGUUGUCUUACUUUUGCAAAAGCUACAAAUGUGUAACAUCAUUUUCUAUUUUCUAAUGGUCAUGUGGACCAACUAAUUGCUAAGUUCUUUGCGUUGAUCAUUUUUUUGUCACCCAGACUUGGCCAUAUGAACCAUUUACAGGAGCAUGGGAUAUCACAUGCCAUAUUAUAUAGUGUCAGGUAUGUGAUUGCAAAACAGUCGAACACUAUAAUGCCUAUGGUCAUGCAUCUAUGGAGACUAGAUCUCUUAUGGAACAAAAACUGAUUAAACAGACUACAGUUAUAUCUGAUACAUAGUACAGCUAUUUCAUUGAUAACAUGCAGUCUUGUACUGAAGAAAAAUGCUGUUUAAAUAGAGAAUAAUACAUGGGUGCGCAGAAGUACCAGAUUUAUUUCGAGUGUUGAACAUGAUAUCUCACAAGUGAGCGCAGCGAACGAGUGAGAUAUCAUGUUCAACACAAGAAAUAAAUCUGGUAUUUCCAAGCACCCAUGUAUUUUUCUGCUUAUUAUAUAAAGGGCAGUCUUUGAAAAGCAAUAAUUUUUACAGAAAAGCGAUAAUUUUUACAGAAAAGUGAUAAUUGAAAAGCGAUAAUUUUCACAUGUGAGAUUAUCAUGAUGAAUAAUCUCACAUCGAUUUAUUUUAUCACUUUUAUCAGUGCUCGAAAUCUCUAUAAAGCACUAUACUUUAUAUAAUAAAUAUUGAUAAUAAAUAAAUACUAGACACAAGAUUGUACUACUAUUGUUGAAUACUGAUGCCAGUUCAGACUUACAGCCUGAAAAAAAAAAUGUUUGGAGAAAUAUAAUUUAACGAUCUUGGUACUUUCCUGUUGUUCAGUUUUUUGUCACUUGUCACUAUAGUCUAUAUACCAUAUUGCAUUGGUUAGAAGUUGAAAUUUGGCAGGAAACAUUCUGGAAUCCUGCUGCCAGGGGCUGUCUGGUUAUCAUAAACGUGGGGCAAAUCUGGGGCGUUCAGAUUAUCAUAAAGGAUCGGUCACACGGAGCGACAAGUCACAGGGGCAUGUUGCAGGGACAUGUCGUGGGGUCGAAUUUCAUCGUGUGUCACAUGUGUAAGCGUUGUCGCGGGGACAAAAAAUUGUCCCCGCGACAUGUCGCAUGAAAUCAAAUUGAUUUGAUUUCAUGCGACAUGUCGCGGGGACAAAAACCGUUGCCGCGACUUGUUGCAUCAUGUGAGCUAGUCUGUUCACAAGUCGCGGGGAAAUAAUUAGUCCGACCAAUCACAAAAUAUCAUUCCCAUGACUACUUGCGCGCUCAAUUUCAAUAUAAGUCCUCAUGGGAGUUCUUUGACUUGUCGCAUGAAUUGUCGCCUCGUGUGACCACGCGCCUGUAAGCGCUUGUGCGACUUGUUUUCGUCUAGCAUUGUCGCUUCGUGUGACUCGUUUCGGGCGACAUGUCCCUGCAACAUGCCCCUGCGACUUGUCGCUCCGUGUGACCGAACCUUAAAACGUAUCUAAAAUGCAUGAAAUAGCGUUUUGCAGACCCUAAACAUGUUCAGGGGGACCAUGGCUCUGGACGAGCAGAUCUGCACCCAACAAACAUGCUUUGCUUGCAACACCAAUUAAAAUUAUCUUCCAAGAGUUUCCCAAAGGGUUUUUGUUUUGAGGGGCUCUGUAUGCCACAACAUCCAUGCAAUUUAAAAAUCAGCAAAUGAACUAUCUGUCUAACAGUAAAGUGUGUAUAAUAGUGAAAGUGGGCCAUGUUCACACACAGGAAAUGGUUUCACAAAAAAACAUUAGUGGUUUUGAAGAUUGGAAAUACUGUACAGUAAUACUAUUCUCAUUUGUAAAACCCAUCAGUGGAUGAGGAGAAAAGUAAUUACCAUUAUUAAUGCCUUUCUGGUUUUUUUUAACCAUUUAAUAGUUUUAUUGAUAUUAAUUAGAUGCAUCAUCAUGAUGUUAGUUAUAGUUUUACAAUGAAUGAUAUGGAUUGGUUUGUUCUAUUAAUAUUACAUCAUGGUGAUUAUAGUUUUUAUCAUGAAUGAUAAGAAUGAGUUUUAUUUAUAUUACAUACACUUGUAUGUUACAUACAGUAAUGUUAACGAAUAUUGAUGUGAAUAUUGCCAACAAAAUGCAGUACAUUGGUAGUAUUUUAUGUAUUUAAAUUAAACCCUUUAAUGGUACCAUUAAUGUGAAUCAAAAUUGCUUGUAGAAAAAAAAACAUGGAUGGAAAUUGUGUAUUAUUUUCACAUCAAUGUUUUGAAUGGUUUUAAUGAAUAAUGGGAAAUACAUACAUUUUGAAAAGAGUGAACCGUUAAUGCAUGACCGGAUUUUGUGUGGAGGUGCGCACCUCCCCUGAGAUCGUUUGGCACCUCUCCUGAGAAUUUGCACCUCCCCUGAAAAGUCAUGCAUCUCCCUUUGGGGAAGUUGAUAGAUCAAAGUGAAAAUUUGACAUUUUUUGGUUUGACAAUUAGUUUUUCUGUAAAAUUAAAACAGUUAGUAAUAGCCAUUCAUCUCUGUGUCAACUACCCUUUUAAUGCACUGUUUUGAAAGAAAAUUUGUAGUAAUUGUAUAAUGAAGGGCAAAAUUGGAUGAGUUGUACAGUCAUAAUUCAUUAAUACACUGGAUACAUAUGUACACUGUAUGCAUACGUCAGGUCGUUGACUUUAGCCCGUUCUAAGCCCUAACUUUCCAUCGGGGUCGUGAGCUACACCGCUGCACCUCCCCUACCUAAAUUUUUUUCCACCUCCCCCACUAUUUCCACCAAAAUCCAGGCCUUGCAUUAAUGGUUACUCAUAUUUGAGGUUAUUGAAUUCGUAAAUGGGAAUUAUCAACAUACCAUGAUGAUAGAAAUUACUUUUUCCAUUCAUGGGUUUUUGAUUUUUUUCCUGUGUGUAUCCCUGCUUGUAUGAGGAGAGGUUCGAUCGUAUAUUUUAAUAUUUUUUUUGUCCUUUAACCAUCAGGAUAGGAGCGUCAGUUCAGUGAACGUUGAAAAUGAAAAUACAGAAAACCAGAAUGGAAAAGGAUCGACAUUUGUUGUUACAGUGGUGAAUGACAGCAUACAGGGGAUGCACGAAUGGACAGAAGAAGAGACCAACCUUUUGAAACAAGCAGUAGAAGCGUAAGAUUUGAAUUUGGUUCAUUCUACAGUACAGGGUGGUUCAUUCUACAGUACAGGGUGUAUCAGUAGGCCAUUUUCGAAUGGCCAUGCGCUCGUGUAAAAUCCACAGACAAUCUAAGUAAUAUUGAACGGCCUGUGCCAGUGUAGGUAGCGACGAUAACAAGACAGCUGCGGAUUGAGAGACAACUACCUGAAAAAUACAAGCAGAACUUCAACGUUUGACGUUUCGAGCGAAUGCCAAACGCCGUCUUUAGAGACCUUACGAUUUAGGACAGCAACGGCUACCAAUACAAUAAAUCAUUGAAAAUAAUUGAAUAAUUACAAUAUAUGAAUAAUUUAAUCAUUGUCCUCACUCUGUUUACAACGCCAAAAACGGCCAAAUCACAGAUUUUCACGUCUUAUUGCAACGGCUGCAUUUCAAGCCGCAACAAGUGCAACUUCAAACUGGGUUCAGCAGAACUCUUCCCAAACAUAAAACCCAUGUCUUCAACUUCUAAGACUGUAUUAAAUUCAUACGAUUGAUAAUAUACGACGAAUUAUCUUUACCAUUUAUUUGAAGGAGUUUGUUUUGGCCGUCGUCGUCGCCGCGUUGCCGUCCUAAAAUCGUAAGGUCUCUAAUAUAGAGAUUCUGAUUUGACUAUCGCUACCAUCGUGGAUUAUUAACCAAUCAGAUGCGUUUGAUAUAUCCAGUUAACCAAUCAAAUGCGUAUAAGCCAGUGAGAGGUAUUGCAAGUGGUAGUCAAAACUGAACCUCUUUUUUUUUUCAAGUGGCUGUCCAAAUCGUUUCUUUGGUAGGGAAUACACCUGUAAAAUGAUUCCAAUUUUUCACUUUCAUUUAACAUAUGUAUUAUUUAGUGAUGGUGGUCAAUUUGAUUGGGAUGUAAUAGCCAGCGCAGUGCCAUCAAAAGAUAUCAAUCAGGUAUUUCACAUUGAAAUGUUACGUUUACUGUGCAUUUACUACUUAACUGCAUGCAUAUAUACCCUUAAGGCGUGCGACGCCGUAUGAUUCGUAUUCUUGGCAUCUUGCGUUUGAAAAUCACUGCUCACACCACAAUUCCCCUUCGUUUAGUUCAUGGCGAAAUUUGAAAUGCAACCACUUUAUAUGCAUGGUUAUUCGAUUAUACAUACUGUACGCCAGAAUACGAAUCGUACACGACAAAUCACAUCGUGCAUCGUAUACAUGAAUGGUAGAAAUUCUUGCAGUUUAUUAAUUUAUGUUAUGGACAAUUUUGAAUGCUGUGAAUUUUGCGAGUCCAAUAAAUUUCGUAAUGCUCCUACCAGGAACACAUAUGUCCAAUGAGAGAACUAUAUGUUUGUAUAUCAUAUGACUAUGGUAGUUUUUAGCAGACACCAUCCCCGGGCAACUCGUACCCCGAGUCUUUUCACAGCUGGGGUAUGGUAUUCGAAGUAGAAUACCUCGCUACAACGGGAUUAGGGUAAUUUUUCGUGGGGUACAGUAUGUCGUUCAGGAUUCUUAUAACGGAAACAAGAGCCAGCAUAAUGCAUUAAGAGUCAUACACAUAAAUUAUACAAGUUUUAUUUGUGUAUAUUUACUGGCUCAUGGAUAUUUCGUGACUUUUCACAAUUGUAUAUCUUCUGCACAAAAUUAUUUUUAUUGAGUAUGACUCACGAAUAACGUUUUUCCUUUCGAAAAUACAAAAAAUGGAAUUGUCAAGAUUCUUAAAAUCGAUAGUAUUGGACAACCAUCCUCUUUCACUUUAUCUAAACAGUUUAUAGAUUGAGAGAGACUGUAGACAUUAGUACUGUAUAACGUAUAACCGUGGUUACAAAAGCCUAUGUUCCAUGAACCAGUAUAUUUUAUCAUUGAUGGAACUACAGCACGCUUACUCAACCCCAAAUGUGCCUCCCUAUAAAAUGCUAUUUGGCUAUGACGUAUAUGCGGAAAACCAUCAUAUUUUAUAGCCACGGUAAUGCAGCAUGCCGCAAUCAGCAUAGUAUACUUCAUUCUUACUGUGUGUACAUAUGCUCAACAAACGGUUAGUUUUAUCCCUCGUACAGGAGGCUUACCCCUAAUGUGCCUCUCUAAUCAAAAUCAUACUUUAUAGCCGCGUUAUAACAGAGUAUGGCGCCGCAAGCUGUAUGCUAUACUUCAUUAUUCUCUCAUAGACUUGUUUUUGAGAACUUACAGUUUUUUUAAGCGUCUCCGCCCCCUCCCAUGCAUGAGGAGAGUUGUGUCGUUUUCCAGACUGUUUUUAAAUUUUCCUUUUUUCCCUAGGUGAAGGCGUAUGUGUUGAGCAUGCAACAACCAGGUACUGUGUAUUACAUAUAAAUUUAACCUCUUUUUAUCCUUUAUUACGAAUACACUCGUGAUCAGGUGAUAGCAGUCUUCUAUGGACGCUUUCCAUUUGAUGGCCUGACCGGCCAGACCCAAAUUCUUUUUUCUGUAUCAAUGGAAAGAUCUGGUCUAUGUUUCUCAAAUAUCUAGCGAAAAUGGACCUCAUUCUAAUGUUAUCUAAAUUUUCCGGUCAGAUAGGUCCAAAGCCCAAAUGUUUUGUGUUCCAUUCAACAAUUUGACCGUUCUUGACCGGUCUGGCCGUGUUAAUGGAAAGCGCCCUAUGUUACGCUAUUUCCUGUUUGCACGUAAACACCAAAAAUGGGUAAUGGUCAGCCUAGUCCCAGUCGUUCUGAAGCAAGCGCGAGUAAAAUCGUAGAUGUAGUACGAGACUAGGAUCUAGGUGUGACGUCACCGCUAAAGGUGCUUCAGAACGCCUAGCAGAUUUCAGUAUUUUUAAUAUGGCGGAAAAUUUAUAUAUACAAAUAACCUUGUAAAUACGACAAAGUUCGUUGAUCAUGUUCGAUGUCUACAUAACCAAAUUCAAACUGUAUUAGAAAUGUGCUCAAUAAAAAAAUUUAUAUACAAAUUUGCGAUACUGAGUCUGAGCAAUGGUCGUAUAAUCGUUGAUGUUAUUUAUAUACUCCCAAGUUGUGAUCAACACUAGACCACACUGGUAUACACAACUACGCUUUCUACUUGACGGGUUUAAUUAGCUGAGGAGAUUGGAAAUAUUUGCCUGACAUGACUGUGUUGUAAAAAUAUUUUUAGUCGGAGACUCGGCAUAAUUUCCAAGCUUCUAGAUAGCAUUUAAUGUGGCUUUAUAUUUUAGUAAACACAAGUCAUAUUUAGUCCGUUAUUCCAUUCUGACUGUAUGGUAGCGAAAUGUAGCCUAUUUCAUUGUUCCGAUAGCAGAGCAAAAACAAAGGAAAUUUCCAUAUCAUUUUCUAUUUACAAAUGCGGUAUGCUUGGUAACUACCAGGCCAGGGACCACUUUUUUUUAAUCAGGGACCAUGUUACCGAAAUCUGCUAGGCUCUCUCGCUGAAGCGUUCCGCACAGCACACCCAGGCAUAAAACUUUUAAGACUUAUUUAAAUAUAUCAAAGCAGCGAAUAGAGAGAGAGCCUGGGUAAUGGUUAAUUGUAGUUCGUUUCGUUUCAAAACAGUGUUUCGCACAGUAUAUAACAGUGAGCUCUAUAUUUCUGGAGCGAGAACUUCAGUCAUUCAACCUAUACGAGAAAAGCGAAGCCAUGCAAGAUGGCGGAAAUUGAUGUCGUAUCGCUAAACAAGUUAUCAGUUCAUAAAACCAUUAUUUGUGUUAUUCUCUAAAUUGAUGUAUUUAAGUCAUUGACUAAAUACUUUAGACUAUAACCUCGCAGAGAAUCCCACAGAACCACAAAACCCGAUUACUCAUGAAAUCGAAACCGCUUAUCCAAAACUUAAGGGUUUCACGGUUGGUCAUUUAGACAUUACCAGUACUACCUGUUUAUUAAAGCAUAUAGAGGAACUGCGAAUCUUUAUAUAUGUACAAUCAACUUUUUGACAUAUUAUGGACAGCUCUAUACAUAGCUCUGAGGUCGAAAACCAGGUUAUGAACUGAUAUGGCUAGAUCGAAAUCGGAACGGUGGGGGGAUUGCCCAAUUUAUUUAUGAAACGUUAAUUUGCCUUGAAAAUAGAAAACCUCGAACCAAACCUUUGCUAAUCUCCACCUGGUACCGCGCGCGACUUUUUACCCGCGACUAAUUGUUACCCGCGACUAAUUGUUACCCGCAACAGUUAUAUACUCUCGCAGCUACAUGAUAUGAAUCAACUGCAACUUAUCGCGACGCGUCAUUUGGACAUGCAUGCAGACUCUGAAUUGGUUUAUGUGUUUUUUUUUGCUCAUCAGAUAACCAGGCCAACCAAUCUGCUAAUAUUAUCAAAGCUCCAAUUGAGGUUUGUAUUCAUUUACACUUCAGUCUUGACUCUAUAAUUUUAUACUUUAUUAAAUAUAUACUUUCGAUAAUUACGUUAUAAUGUAAAUCUCUCCAUGGCCUACAGCUGACGUCAGCAGACGUGACCUAUUUGAAAUUGUGAUGUCACGAUUACAACCAGUACUGUAUAGUAAAGUUUUACUGCGUUUUUCUUCCAUUUCCCCAUAUAUUAAGAUUCAAAAUGGUUUCCUUGUCUUUGAGUUUUAAACUUGCUUGUGCCACGACAAAGUAUUCCAGGUAUUGUUGUUCGUCUUUGUUUUAGGUUUUUACUUCUGUGAUCAAGAAAUUGGCGUCACAAAAACUACUUUUGAAAAAAAAACUAUUGUUGUUAUAUUUCACCGUCUAAUGCUUGAUAUGUUCCCUGAAAAUCACCAACAUGCUUUAGAUAUUCCAUCCUGGAGUGGCAUGGUUGUAUUCUAACGCGUUUUGACUGUAUUAUUGCUAAACGUGAAUUGAGACGCCAUCAGCACGCUUAAAACAUCAUACGUGAUCAUAAGUUUCCUAUCCAGUGUUUUUAUGAUCCGUGAUGAAAAUGAGCCUCCUGGUCCUCCUUUGUUAUCCACUUUUCUAACUAAUAUCCAUGUUUUCAUUUAUCGUGAGCGAAUAGCCUUUCUUCUUGAUUCAUGAAAGCGAGGCUUCCCGUUCAUGGAAGAUUAAUGACGUAAUUAUCGAAACAAUGUGUUUACGGUGAUUACGUUUCGACAUAAUUUUUAUCUCAGUCACUUACCUUGUAAAAUAUGCACAUCAUUUAUUGUAUAUGAGCAUUAUUCACUUCCCUAUUCGCCGUUGCUGUUUAAUUAAGAAAAUUCCAACGGCUAUUUUAUACCGCAUUAUAAUCUUUCAUAUACCUGAGUGUACGCCUUAACUAUACACGCAACCUUUAAUAUAGCAUAAGUUUAAGUUACCUCUCUUUCGCAUGGCUAAUUUUCAUGGGUGGUCCAUUAGAUAUCGUGGGAGGGGGGUGGCAUGAAAAUAAAAAAAAAUUAUGCAAGGAGUGGAAUUUGAAAAAAGUUCAUGCAAGCAUUUAGGGAAAGAAAAAAUUCCUGCAACUAUAAUUUUUUAAUUUUUUUUACAUGGCAUGUUUAGAAAAUUCUAAAGUUAAUCUCCAAACUUAAAAGUAUUCUUGCAACGGAAGUUUCCCCUCCCCACUACCAAGAUAUCAAAAAUUCAAGUUUACCCCAUUUUAGAUUUUAAUUUAUUAGGGUUUUUUUACACGACGUAUUUUUCCGCUUAGUUUUCGAGUUAUAUUUUAAUAAAGUAUCAAAAUUAAUAAAGCUCGAUUGUAUUUUACUAAGAAAUAAAUGUUGAGUUAUGAAAGUUUUCUGUUAAAUGUUUUAGAUUUGGACUGAUCUUGCGCAAAAGUUGACGAGUGAAGAUGAUAAAGCUGCUUCUGUUUGCUUACCACAAGUAUGUGAAUCAGUACCUUCCUAUUUUAAUUUUUACUAAUGCAGUACAAAAAUGUCCCUGAGGCCUGAGUAUUUUGAUUAAAAAACUUCAGUAAACACCCACAGUGACUCAAAUAUCUCAAAUUUAUGAUCAAACGUACUCAUUUCUUGAGUAAAGUAAAUCUUUACUCAAAAAAAUGAGUAGAUUUGAAAGUUUACUAAAAAAAUGAGCAAAUUUGCUCAUAAAUUUGAAUAAGUUUAUCCAAUAUUUUGAGUCCCUGUAUGGGUACAUUAUUUUACUCAAGUUUUGAGUCAAAAUACUCAGUUUUUUGUAUUGUACUUAAGAUAUUAUGUUUGCAUUGUACUUAAGAUAUUAUGAAACGUUUUACCCCAUAAGCCAGCUUUGGAGCGCUCUCCUCGUAACAGCGCAUGCGCGCGAAGUGCCCACUUUAUACUCAGACAUGCACGUUUUCACUCAUGCAGUCGUGAUUUCAGAGUGAACACAAACCAAGACCGUGAAUUCAAGAGAUUUUAUUACGAUUUAGAUCAUUUUCACAAGACCAUUAGACGUGCAUGCGCCUUUACCCAGAGAAUAUUUAAAUAUAGAGAGAGUUUCUACAGUACAUACGAUAGCAUGCACGGGGUUAUAGAGUAAAGUCGUAUAGCCAAGUAGUAUGAGUAAGCCUAUCUAGAGGUUUUGUCAAAAUUUCACAACAAGGCUGAUCCCAUCAUCUCUCAUUGUUCUUCUGCAGCGAACAGUAGCCUAGCAUUAGUUUGUGUUUGUGCUUAUUAAAUUCCCAAUACUUGAGAUAUACGAUGUAUUUGAACCCGUGACAGAAAUUAGGCGCAUUUACACUUACAGAAACUGGCAGUCUAGAACUCGAAGAUGUGAGUUCGAGUUCCGCUCGAGACAACGAAGUUUACGUUGUUUUAUCUGCCGUGUCACAAUUAUAUGAAACUAGUUUUUCAUAUCUCUGAGGAUGGUUCUGAAAUCAAACGUCUGAACACCCUUCUUUAGAUCUACAGUACAUGUAACUAACGUAGCGGUGUCAAUAUUAUUGCCCGAACUUGCAGUACAGUAUAAUCUCGAUCUAUACUCUCUUGCCAACCACUGUUUGUAUCGCGAAGGUUUGUAUACCUGUAUACUGUGGCUCUGCGAUUAUUGUAGUAUAUAUACUUAUACUGUUGUAGUUCCUUUGCGGUACAAAAAAAUACAUUUUAAAAAUUAAAACCAUCAUUGAAUAAAUAUGAUGUAUUAUAGAAACAUUUUGCAAAUUUGCAGAGCGUUUUAGACCAUUAGCGUAUAGGUUGCCAGAAGGAACAUUUCUCGUGCUUGCAUGCACGUCUAAAGUAGUACAGAAUUUGAUAUUGCUUAUAGUUGGGGCUCCUUAUACUUAGUGAUUGUAGUCUGUAUAUAUUUCUGAAAUUGCCGAGUGCAUAACACUGUAUAUAUUUCUGAAAUUGCUGCAUGCAUACCAAACUGGCUGUAUGCAAGAGGUUAUAGUCAUUUAUGAAAUCCAAAAGAAGAAGUGAAAUAUAGCGAGCCACGUGUUUUUUUGCGUUGCAACCAGUGCUUUUUGCUUUGACGUGUUUUCGUGAGGGUGAAGGGCGGCGAAAAAUGUUUUCAGAGACAAGUGCUGAUCAGUUUUCCUGUUACUUUUGGAAUCAAGAACGUUUUGCCUGAAAACUAUUUUUCCAUUUAUGAACUAGGUAAUUUGAGUCAUUUUGUACUUUUCUGAUAUUAUUUGGAUGUGCUCAGUUAUGCAGCUAGCUUUAUGUAACUAUCAAAAUGUACAGUAUAGAAUUUUGAUCAAUAUGAAUUCCUACCUCACUACCUGCAGUAUCAGUUAAAAAUCUUACUAAAACAGUAUCCUCUUUCAAAACACUCGCCUACAUUUAUGCUCAGCGAAAUUAGGGUGCGGGUCAAAAUUCUAGUAUGGCUUAUGCCUCAGAACGUGUACGACUUAAGUAAUUUUUUGGGAUGUGUGUGGGUCGUUUUCUCCAUAGAAAUAAUAAUUAACACAUGCUUUCACAGCAACCUUGAAAGUGUAUUUAUGUAUAUAUUCUGUUCAGAAGUUUCAGAUUUUUCCAUAUUUUAUCUCCUUCCCUUAAAGAUCUGGGACUAACCAAAAUUCCCUUACAAAUCCGCCAUUUUGUGGAGACAAAAGUUUUUACUGAGAAAAGAUAGGAGUGUACCCAGGCUUAGCCGCCGGAAUGAGCUAUAAUGAGUAGAAAAAACUCAGCUUAAUGAGCCCAUACUUCGGAAAUGGUGUCAUAGCACACGAGCCUGAGCGCAAAUAGCUGCUCUACGUACGAUUCCCUUGUUCUUAGAUUUAUUUCUCCGGAGAUACCUGAAGCGUCAUGCAUACUUAGAAAAUGCCUUCUGCCAUUGGGACUUUGUUAAUACUGUGAAAUAUUUUGUGUAGGUCUUUUUCUUUACAUUUCAUUGGCAUUGGCACUGCAUUCGUUCUCAUUGGGCCCUAUACACAUCACUUAGCUCUAAGAUGUCCGCGUAGUGCAUCAAUAGCUGCAGUAUUGAAACAAUUCAUGGUGCCAUUCAGUCACGAUCCAGUGAUGGGAAUGUUCCAUUAACUUUAAAUUGUUCUUUAUUCCAUCCAUUGUUUUGACUUAUAUUAGCAUUUAUGCAAAGGACUAUUAAUUAAUCUUGCCCAUCCUUCCAUACCAUCAGCGCCUCUCCUAUCUCCUUGCAUGGCAUACUCCGGUCCCAAGCAAUUGUGUACAGCAUCAUACAAUCUUCAUUAUUUAUGAUCCCUUUGUUUCUAUGUGCUAUGCUAUUGCAUGUUCAAAUGUCCACUCAUGUUUUCUUUGAUUAUUCAUUUUAUUAUUCAUUACUGCAGUAAAUCUCUGUUAGCUACUACUGUAUGAAAAACCAAGCUUAUGUAUUUUGGUGGCGUGUUUACCUGUGAACCUCAGUCAAUUCCAAAUAAUACUAUAUUUGGGCUCAUAGAUACAAUUAAUUUAUUCUAUAUACCAGUAACAUGAGUGUAGCUCAAUUUUUCUACGUCUAUAGUUGCAUUUCUGAGUGCAUCCAUUGUUUCUCAUACAUCAACUGAAGUGAUAAUGUAAUAUCAUCGUUUCAAUUUAGGAGGAAGUCUAUGCGGUUCAAACGGAAUUAAGGGAAGUGAUAGCAGAUCAACAAAACAAAUUAAACAAACUCGUCUCAAGCCUGCGAAGUAUUAAGAAGAUUGUGAAGAAAACAAAACGACAGAACCGAAGAAAGCUAGCAGAACAAAACGCUAAGAUUGACACCCUGAUAUCUUUACUUGCUUCCAACGCCGUACCCAACAGUUCCUCGUUAUCUCCCGUUUGCAAAUCAAAUGAAAAGGACGAUGUUGGAAAAGGCAAAGGAAAGAAUGUACCAUCCACCUCUCGUUCUAAUGCAGCAGGCAAAGAUAACAAUGUGCAGUCGCUGUUGGGAAAACAUAACUCCUCAACUCCAGAACACAAACAUAUUUUACCAUUGAUUACAGUCAGUGGUCCUACAGAUAUGGAGUUGUCACCAUACAGCUUAGGUUAGUAGUAAAUUUUCAUAUUUCUUUCCACGGCAUGGUUGGUGAAGGCAUCUUUUUUACCCAACUGUGUAUUUGGUGAGAACUGUAUAUAGUAUUCUGCGGUAGUGGGAAAGAUUGAUGAUGUGUAAAUGUUAAUCAACUUAUUUCAUUUUGCCGUUUUCUGUGCAGUUAAGCUUAGAUUACGUCGCAAAAGAGCAACAACAACAACAACAACAACAACAACAACAACAACAACAACAACAACAACAACAACAACAACAACAACAACAACAACAACAACAACAAAAUAUAGCCCCCAGCCCUGAAGCGCUAGAAUUGCUUCAAAUCUCUUUGUCCUAGUCUUGUACUGUAUGCCGUCGCGAAAUGAUGAAAUGGAAAGAAGGGUCUGAUAUAUUUUCCGAACUUCCUGUUAUUCGAUUGGUUAACUUUACUACUUGUAGUGUAAGGGACUUCGAUGGGGUAAUCUUCAGAGUAGGCAACUCUCACCUCUGAAAUCGUACGUGGGUUCGAUGCGGACCCGCUCAUGUCAAUUAAUGUGAAAAGAGUCAGUCAAUGCUCCACCGAAAGUCAUGGGUUUUCUCCGAGUACUCUGGUUUCUUCCCACAGGGAAUAUUGACAAGGGUGGAUUGGGAUAAGCCCCAAUUAAAGUAACCCGUGGGAUAAGCUCCAUGCAAUUAAGAUGAGCCAUAGCUGUGCUCUGUAGUCAGAUAUAAGUCAUAAGGGGGCUGCUGUUAGAAAUCCUUCAAAUCGAUCAUGUUCAGCUGUGUUCUUCGCAAUUCAGCUUAAGCUCUCAGCUGCAAGUAUAAGGAUGAUUAACACACUCAUACUCACCUAUAAUUCGCACGCAGUCGCUCUUUUAAAUGCACAAAAUGUUCGCAUCUUUUUUCUUCUAACCCAUUUUCCCACUAUAGUUCCUAUAGGGCAAAGUCCGAACAUCAUGUUAACGCGACAGCAGUACAAUGAUGCGUAUUAUCGUGGUAAAAACAUUCGAAGAUUUGCUGUACGUCUUGCGGAGAAGAUAUUUGGUUUGGAUGUAUUGUCUCAAUCAACUGUCUCGGGCCAGCAGACUGGACUGGAGAAACUCGAUGUUGACAAAUUAAGUGCCAUUCGAGGUAAAUGUUCUAAAUAACCAUUAUUUGAUCCGUGUUACAAUUGAGACCUUAAUAUUGGCGUUUACGGCAGACCGUUAAUCACAAACGGCAAACUUCAAAUUGGAUUUGAAGGUAAGUUUUACAAGUUUUCGACAGCUAAGUACAGUAGCUAAUUCAUGCUUCAACUUUGAUGCACAAUUUGUCUUAACUUCGAAGAGCUAACAGUUGACCUCAAAAUACAAAUUGAAGUUUGCGGUUAGCAGUCGUAAACGUCAAUCUUAUAUAUGGUCUGUAAUAAGUGAAAUUGAUGCAGGUUAUAAGAUAGCAGCCGGCUGUGGCUGGCAUUCUUACAGCACUAUAGCUGGUGACUUUUAAAUUAGAAACUCCAACUUUUUCUCUGUAAUCCAUUGAUCGAUACGAUGAAUUUAUAGGUACUCAAUUAUAAAGAUUCUGUCUUGACAUAUAACUGCAUGAUUACGUGCAGCGGUGAACCAGGCGGGAAUCGUAAUCGUAUAUGAUGAAAAUGAACGCCCAGCAUGCAUGAUGCGCAAAAAGCCAUAGAGGAAACCAUGGCCGGCCAUUUUGUAAUUUUUCUGACAAUCUUGAUUGGUACUGGGCCUCCGCCUCUGGGCUUGCAGGGUUAUGUACAUGCCGGGGAAUUUUCCGCGUAUAUGUGAUCACAUGUCCGUUCAUAUUCGGCGUAAACCUGAAAAAUAUCGCCGGUACCAAAAAGGCACGUGUAUAUACCAAAUAGCCUACAAGUAUAUCUAAAUUCAAGAUGCUUGUAUUUCAAACCCUGUAAUGCUCAACUACAAUGUAAUAAUAUUCAACUUAUAUAUAUAUAUAUAUAUAUAUAUAUAUAUAUAUAUCGGAACAGUCUUACCUUAUUUAUCCAUCUCGUUUCGUCCUGGUAGUGGAAGUGAUGGCCCGAUUCAUGGCUAAUGGUACUCUUGAUGAACGCGAAGCUAAAUGGAAAGAAUGUCUUUUAAGUGUUGGUAAAAGAUGUCAGGUAUUGCGAUCUGGACGAGCCUUGAAACCGGAACUUCUGAAUCCGAGCAGUUCGUGUAGUGAUCCGGAAACCCUGGCUUUGGUGCCAAUUACCAACGCAAGUGAGGAGAAUACUGCAGCUCAAAGUAUAUCUACAACGCAGGCUAAUGUUACCCUGGAGGUCGACAAAUCUUUAAACGUCGCCCAAACACCACCGCAGAUUAACUUAGGUUUGUAUUCCUUUCACUGCCCUACUGUAUGUCGUGCAAACGUUUGCAUACCAGGGAUGGAUGUACUGGGGGUGCAGGCCCCCUUAGCCUUGGCAAAGGGGCUGCCAAUUUCAUUAUCCAAUUCAUUUCUCAAUUUGGAAAGGCAAUGUCCCUGAACCCUUCCAAGGGCAAUGUGUCGCCCAUAGAAGUACGGGGCUGAUGCUUUCCGGGGGUGCCAGGUUGAAAGUUUGUCCGAAUUUUUGUGGAGAUGGAUUGUAAUGAAAUUACCCGAAUUUUCUUGAUUUUUCCUAGCAUUUGGCCGAAUUUCCAUGGUUUUCCAAAAUUGGAGGGGGGGUGGCAGUGGCCCCCUGUCUGGUACGCCUAUGGUGUCGCCCAUUCUACAGAACACCGCUGUGCGUAGCUCCAAAUGAUUAUGAACUUCGUAAACGGUCGCACCCGGAACGAUGAGCACCCCACCCCCCAUCCCCGCUCUCCACCAGGUCUUGGCUGGAUCCACCCCUGUUGCAUACAUUCAUUAUUUGGCUGUGAUAAAACUGAUACAUCUUAACUUCUGUCUUUUCCUUUAAAUCCCACAUAUUUAUUUAUAGAUCUUACUUCAUUGUAUCCAUCAGUGAUUGUAUCCCGUUGGGUUGUGCUUUAAUUUACAAGAUAAAAUAGAAAUUAUCGGAUAAAAAUAGAUACUUAUCUUCCAAUGAAAACUAUUUAUUUACAUUGUCCGCCUCGAUUUCAAGCUAUUGUUUCAUGUACAAAAUUGCUUCCUCAAAUGGUUUCCUAUAUAUACACAACCUCGAAAACAUUGUUGUAAAAACAUCGUAUCUUAAGCGCAUUUCCUCAAGGUGGGCAAAAAAGAAUUACUUGUUGCCUGCAUGUGGAGUUGCUUUUCUGACUAUAGAUAGCUAGCUUGUCCAUGCUUGCAGGUUGAAGGGUUAAACGUACGAAGACAAUAUGUUUGCUAGACAAUGAUCACACAUUCAAAACAAAUGUGUCUAAAGCCCGUAUGAAACGAGCAUGAGAGUUGGAAAGUCACGCGGUUAUAGCUGUUCUUAAUGCUUUCCCAACACUAUCAUUUAUACUCAGUAUAUAAGAUAAAACAUAGUUGGAACACUCAUCAAACCCCCGUAACAAUUUGUGACUGCCACCUCUCUGAACUUUCAUCCUCGUUUGACUGGGGCUUAAAUCCUUAGUUGUGAACCAUUUUCCACCACAUGCUAUGCAACAUGAUUCAACAGCUGUGCUGUCGACGACUGACAAUGCAAGACAUGGAUGUUAAGUGUUUUAAUUGUGUAUUUUAGUCCCACUUGGAGGCUCGCCGAGCGUCCUUAUUCAGAAAGAAGAUUUGAGCGAAGCAGUUAAGCGUGGUAAGAAGGCAACAUUUCUAGCACUGCGGUUAGCGGAGAAGGUGUUUGGGUAUGAUGUGAUGCUGGGAUCUACAAUAACCGGCAGAGAAGGAACGGAGAGACUCGACAAUGAUAAGUUAAUGGCAAUCAGAGGUGAGCAAUAUUCUAUACUCUACUGUAUUUAAAACCUUUACUAAAUGUUGCAGUGAAUAUAUGCAAUGAAUUGUCCUAUCUUUGGAUUUGUAAAUUCGCCCCGUAUCUGUAUCAACAGGCUGUGUAGGUACUUGCUGUGCUGCAAGUCAAAUGGAGAAGGAUAGUUAAGAUGUGUUAAAUACACGGGCGGAUCUAGCCUCAUCUGCAAGGAGGAGUGCAGGUUUUCCAUCGGGUGGUGCAUAGCCUUACUGCCCACUCUCCUCAGCAGUUUGCACCGCUAUACUAUCCCAACAUUACCAUGAUUUGAGAUGACCAAACCUGCAUGUUCUCUGUUCUGUUACGUUUUACAUUACCUUUUGUUUAUAAGGUUUAUAUCGGCUUUUAUCACGUAUGCGUGCAUGACUGGACGGUUGCUGUAGCACAGUACAGUAAAUUUGUUUGGUAAAGUGCAGUACAUUUGAAAAUGUGGCAGUAUAACAACCUUCAACAUGUUUACAUAUUUAAUUCAACUAAAGCAUUCUGAGUAUGCUCUCGUAGGCUUACAAAUCAACCAAAUCGUUUCAAGAAAUCGACACGCGCUAACAGCAGAAUUUCCGCUAAUCGCUAUUCGAAAAGCAGAAAAUGUAUGGUCAAGCAUAUUUUUAGGGUGGUGCUGGACUUCUCUAGGGGGGGGGGCACUAGAAGGUGGGGUGCGCACCCCCAUGGUAGAUCCGCCCCUGGUUAAAUUGAAUGGCUGUACCGUCUAUACACUCUAAGAACAUUCUGGUUAAUAUGCUUGUGAUGUUACUCUGAGUGUAUAUCCACACCGGGCAAGCUUGAAAAAUAUGCCUGACCACGGCGGGAAUCGAACCUACGACCUUUGGAAUGCUAGCCCAAUGCUCUGCCAACUGAGCUACGUGGUCUGAUCGGUUCGAGUAUGUGAUAUUUCGGAACAGAAUCUAGUUCCUUCGAUAUCAAUGUAAUCUAGUAAUAAUGAUAUUUUCUGUGUUGGUACCAUGUAAUAAUGUAAUAAUGAUAUUUUCUGUACCAACACAGAAAAUAUCAUUAUUACUAGAUUACAUUGAUAUCGAAGGAACUAGAUUCUGUUCCGAAAUAUCACAUACUCGAACCGACCAGACGACGUAGCUCAGUUGGCAGAGCAUUGGGCUAGCAUUCCAAAGGUCGUAGGUUCGAUUCCCGCCGUGGUCAGGCAUAUUUUUCAAGCUUGCCCGGUGUGGAUAUACACUCAGAGUAACAUCACAAGCAUCUUAUUCACCUGAGUACAUUGCACCAACACAGAAAAUAUCAUUCUGGUUAAUGUUUUCCUGGUUAACCAUAAACUUACUGUAAUGUUCCUGGUUAUUUUGACCUUUCUCCUACUAUAUAUAGUCUAGUUAAUUUGACCAAGACUUCCUGGUUGAAUUAACCAAACUAUACUAGAGGUGUGCAAAUCCGAUCCGAUCGGAUUCGUUCCGGAUUGAUAAAGUUGUUUCGUAGUCGGAUCGGUUCGGAUCGGACUUCGAUAUUCGAAAUAAAAUGAAUUAGUUAUCCACGCAUUAUCACAAGAAUUGAUUAUCCAUGCAUUUAUCAAAGCAUUAUCGCGGUUGUCGCUGCAUUAUUCGUUUGAUACUUCAAUUGGACGUCACUUUGUCAGCUUCUUGACAUGUAUUUCUUGCUUUUAUAUUUAUUUGGUUAAAUAUUUCAACUUGAAUGAGAAAUUUAUUUUAUUAAAGGAUUCAUUGGAUCGGAAUUUUUUAUCAAAGCUCGGAUCGGAUUCGGAUUAGACAAUUUCGGAUCGGAUUUUAAACAUUAGCCAAUUGUCGGAUUAUAAACGUCCAAUCCGAUCCGAUGCACACCUCUACAAACUACUGUAUCUUCGGUGGAUAAAUUAGGUGGAUAAAUAACCAGGGGCCCUUGCAUGUUUAUUUAUCCACCUAACCUAGUCCUGGUCAAAUACAACCAGAUUCUUGCAUGGUUACAUUGUAUUGUAACCAUGCAAGAAUCUGGUUGCGUGAUAAAAUAACCAGGACAUUUAACCAGGAAUAUUAAGUUAACCCAUGAAAUAAUGUUGUUUCUACGUUAAAUCUUGUGCCCAAAUUUUUAAAUAUUUUUCGUUUACAAAUAUAUUGUUCGGCCACAGAGUGGAAUUAAUUAAUAUAGAGCUUAGAAAUUCCACAUUUCCAAAGGGAAUUUGGUAAAAUAACAAAAAAAUCAUGUUGGAAAAACACAUAAAAAUUCGAUAUUAAAGUGUUAAAACUGAAGAUUCCGUUUUCUAAUGUCACGUUUUGAAAACAUUCCUCAUUCCACUGAACAGUUAACAAAACAAUCCUUAUUCUAUAAACAAAAAUGAAUUUUCCCACUCCAAAAUUUCCCCUCAUCCCCCGCGACUCCCAUGCACACUACCUGCUGCUCCGUGCCAUUUACUAUAAUCCAGCAAUAAAAUCACCUUGCAUGUUAUGAUUGGCUAUAUGAUACGAAAGUAUAUGGAGUAUCCUCUGAUCAUAUAGGCCCGAACUCACAACACUGUUUAACAUUUUAUUUAACAGAGGAAAUUGUUAAUCGAUUUGCCCGUGAUCAACCGAUUGAACUACAAGAAGCUAUUUGGAAGAAAUGUUUGUACAGCAUCAGCACAAAAUGUAAAGUAUUGCGGGCACAAAAGCAAAAUCUUGGUGGCAUUAUUUAUGAUGAUGAUUACAAUGAGAUGAAGGUCGGUGGAGACCUUGAUCUACUGGCAAAUGUCACAUGUCCUGAGAAUCAGCGUGAAAUUCAUCGAGCAAUAAUGGGUCACGUAUCGCAACAAGCGGGUGAUAUGGUACAACAAGAGGGUAAUAUGGUAGCCCAGGAGGGUGAUAUGGUGCAACAAGAGGGUAAUAUGGUCCCACAGGAGGGUGAUAUUGUUGCACAAGAGGCUAUGGUGACACAAGAAGAUGAUAUGGUGUCACAAGAGGGUGAUAUUGUGGCUCAAGCGGAUGAUGAUAUUGAGGCAACUAGGAACCAUAUCACGGAAGAUGAAGUAGCUAUGGAACACGAACAGGAAGUUACCGCCACAAUCCAGAUUGACCAGUCAAACGGGUUAUGUGAACAACACAUUCAAGUCGGGGAACUUGUUGAGCAGGAAAGUGACUAUGUUUAGUUCCAUGGAAUUAUAGAAUUUUUUACGGGGACAUCACACCCGGCAAAAGUGACGAGGCACAUGCCUCCUAGAUUUGUAAAUUGUAAAUAGAAAUUUCACCAUUGGAGCUCUAUUUUUAUCAAUAAUGAUGUUCAGUUUGGUGUGGGCUUGUAUCAAUUCAGA